UUGUCUUUUCUUAUAUUGGUUUUCCAUUUUUUGUGUGUGUAGGUUGCUAUGGUGUUGAUGGAGAGAGUGACUCUAUCAUGAGCUCAGCUUCAGAAAAUUCCACGGAACCUUGGUUUUGUGAUGCAUGCAAAUGUGGUGUCACACCUAGUUGUGAAUUGUGUCCUAACCAGGAUGGGAUCUUCAAGGAGACUGAUGCAGGCAGGUGGGUCCAUAUUGUUUGUGCCCUCUAUGUUCCAGGAGUGGCAUUUGGAGAUAUUGACAAACUGCGGCCAGUAACACUUACAGAAAUGAAUUAUUCAAAGUAUGGUGCCAAGGAAUGCAGUUUUUGCGAAGAUCCUCGUUUUGCCAGAACUGGUGUAUGCAUUAGUUGUGAUGCUGGAAUGUGCAGAGCUUACUUUCAUGUGACCUGUGCUCAGAAGGAAGGCCUUCUCUCAGAAGCAGCAGCAGAAGAGGACAUAGCUGACCCUUUUUUUGCUUAUUGUAAACAGCAUGCGGACAGGUUAGACAGAAAAUGGAAGCGGAAGAACUACUUGGCAUUACAAUCUUACUGUAAAAUGUCCUUGCAGGAAAGAGAAAAACAGCUCUCGCCAGAAGCUCAGGCUCGCAUCAACGCCAGGCUACAGCAGUAUCGUGCCAAGGCAGAGCUGGCUCGCACCACCAGGCCUCAGGCCUGGGUUCCCAGGGAGAAGCUACCACGACCGCUUACUAGCAGUGCUUCAGCCAUACGUAAGCUUAUGCGCAAAGCCGAGUUAAUGGGAAUUAGUACAGACAUUUUUCCAGUGGAUACUUCAGAUACUAGUUCCAGUGUUGAUGGAAGAAGAAAACAUAAACAACCAGCUCUCACUGCUGAUUUUGUGAAUUAUUACCUUGAGAGAAAUAUGCGCAUGAUUCAAAUCCAGGAGAAUAUGGCUGAACAGAAGAAUAUCAAGGAUAAAUUAGAAAAUGAGCAAGAAAAGCUUCAUGUGGAGUAUAAUAAGCUGUGUGAGUCCUUGGAAGAGCUACAAAAUAUGAAUGGAAAACUGCGAAAUGAAGGGCAAGGCAUUUGGGCUCUGCUGGGUAGAAUCAUUGGACAGAAAUUGAACAUACCAGCAAUUUUACGUGCUCCUAAGGAAAGGAAACCAAGUAAAAAGGAGGGAGGAACGCAAAAGACAUCUAUGCUUCCGGCUGUACUCUAUAGUUGUGGAAUUUGCAAGAAGAACCACGACCAACACCUACUGCUACUGUGUGAUACUUGUAAACUCCAUUAUCAUCUUGGUUGCCUGGAUCCACCUCUUACAAGGAUGCCAAGGAAGACCAAGAACAGUUACUGGCAAUGCUCAGAGUGUGACCAGGCAGGUAGCAGUGACAUGGAGGCUGAUAUUGCCAUGGAAACCUUACCAGAUGGGACCAAACGAUCAAGGAGGCAGAUAAAGGAACCAGUGAAAUUUGUUCCUCAGGAUGUGCCACCAGAACCGAAGAAAAUUCCAAUCAGAAACACGAGAACUAGAGGACGAAAACGAAGCUUUGUGCCUGAAGAAGAAAAAGCUGAGGAACGGAUUCCCAGAGAAAGGAGACAGCGACAGUCUGUUCUGCAAAAGAAGCCCAAGUCAGAGGAUUUAAGGACUGAAUGUGCUACCUGCAAAGGGACUGGAGAUAAUGAAAAUCUAGUCAGGUAG